AUGGUAGGAGGUGCGGCAAUAAAGCUCGUCACGGCGCUGCUCAUGCACCUGGUCGCGGUGCCGCUGGCGGCGGCCGGCAUAUGGGACAUUGCGGAGAUGCAACACGCGCAUUUCCUGCUCAACAGCCCGCACCCCACCCUGUACACGUCACUGUGCGACCCUGAGCAGAGCCUUUUAAGGCGGAAGUUCCAAAUCGCAUGCUUUGUCAGCAAUAACACGCCGUUCAACAUGUGGGAUAACUCCCCCCAAAACGCCACGAGCAUCAUCGUGAUGCCGGAGUUGAGCUUCGAACAGACUUACAUCAUGGACAUCACAGUGCGCCACGCGGUGCGGAAGGCUUCGGCGAGUGUGUGGUUGUACCGGGAGCUGACGCUGCAGGUCGCCCACAUAAUCCUGGAAUCUACCAAAACGCAGGACGGAGACGAGAACGGUGGCAAGGACGGCCUCACCGACCCUGCCAGUGGUGAGGCUCACGGAACAGAGGACGCAACAGGCGGUGUCACGCCGGCGCGAGGCUCUGCGGAGUACGUUUCGCAAAUGCUGGUGCAGAGGAUGAAAGAGAACGUCGAGAAGAUGAUGGGAGACAAGUCGAGGUUGUUGAAAGAAUGCGUCAUAGCGCCAAAGGAGAUGUGCAGGGGGCACCGCAACCACAUAACAUACUUGAGGGACCUGUUCCCCAACUUCUUGAACGCAAGCAGCAGGGCCGCAUCGAAUUUCAAUGCUGCUGAUGGGAAGACCUUCCCACCCAGAGGCGACGAAGAACUGGGCGCCUUCGGCGCUGCAAACGACGACAUUCUGAUCCAAUACGCCAAAAGGUUCCUCGUGACGCAGAUAACGAUGUACACGCAAGACGCCAAGAAGACGAUGGAGGAGGCGCUAUGGCUGCGGGAGUGCCUGCUCAUCAACGAAGUAAACACCCUGGUAUACGACAUGACCGAGUACAGCGGCGAGCUGCACCGACUAAUCCAGGAACUGGUCGUCAAGAUAAUGAACGGGUACUAUCACCUGGUGACCAUCGCCAUAAAGAUGCUCGAUGCCAACCUGAAGGCCAUCAGAAAACUAGAGCCGGACGAAAUCUGGGCGCAAUACGCACACUCGGUCAGCAUCUCGCAGAAGUUUGCACGGGACAUAAAGGCCACGCUGGUUGAAAUCAUGAGCGCCCAGCACUACAAAGGCCUCAAAGACGUUUUCAACAGAUACGCCCUGAUGACGGGGCGCAAGCGCCUCAUCACGCAACCACGGAGGAACUCCACCACUUUGCUAGUCCUCAAAACGGCCGCAAUAAGGGCCUUGAAGGAGGAGAUAACGGUGGAAACGGCGCAGCGUGUGUUCGGCAUCAUCGGGACCCGGGAGUGGUUCGCAAGGCUCGCAACGGAGUACCGUUCAGUAUCAGCCAUGAUCUCCAAAAAGUGA